ACACAACUAGGUAUGUACACAAUAAAUGGCCAGAUUUAGUACUUGAAUGCAGUCUAGUAUUUUGUAAACAUGGAGCUAACACUACUCUUGUGUGUGAUUGGCGUCGUCGUGGCAGAUAGCCCAAAGCACUAUGACACGAUAGUAGUCGGUUUGGGCUCAGCGGGUGUGACGGCUGCAUCUACCUUGGCGCGCGCGGGCAGACGGGUCCUAGGUAUAGAGGCGCAGGGACGUGUCGGCGGCAGGGUGUACACGGUGCCAUUCGGAGAUGGGGUUGUAGAGUUAGGUGGUGAAUGGGUCCUAGGCACCAAAAACAGCCCCACUUACGCUGCAGCACAGCAGCACAACAUCUCCAUAAUCCCUCAAGAGUGGAAUAUCCUGACGUACUAUUCUGAUGGAACAGCUGCAGAUUCAAAGCUGAUCAGCCACUUCAGCGAGCUAGCUGAUGAAAGCUUCAAUGAGGGUCCGGAGCCACCUGAGGCUCAAGGGAAUUUCACCACUAGAAAAAUCAUGGAGGAUAUCACAAAGAACAGGCCGGAUCUACUCAAGGACCAAGACUUCAUAUCAGGGUUACUGACAUUCAUCGAGUUGAUGGUAGACAACUUGGAAGGUUCCAACGACUGGAACGAGGUGACGACAGGAGGUGAUUACGAAGAUCUGGAGGGGCCCCAGAGCUUGAGCUUCCAUCGGCAUGGCUACAAGACAUUCUUCGAUAUUAUGCUGAACACAUACAAAGGCGGUCCAGGCCUCCCAAACCUAGACAUAAAGCUGAACACCGAAGUAAAAGUCAUCCGGUCCCCACAACACCCCACAGAGAAGGUCAUCGUAGAAUGUAGCGAUGGUAGCACCUAUGUGGCUGACAAUGUUAUAGUUACAGUCUCUCUUGGAGUUCUUAAAGCCAAAAAAUCCUCGCUAUUCUCACCGCCGUUGCCCAAAGACAAGCAGACAGCCAUAGACAAGAUAAGCAUGGGCGUUUUGGAUAAGGUCGUCCUGGCGUUUGACGAGCCUUGGUGGACGCAGAACGUGUCGAGGUUAUUAUUCAUAUGGAAAGAAGCAGAUAAAAAUAAAGUGCCAGUAUCAGAUCUCUGGACUACCAAAAUUUUGGGAGCCUCUCGACCCAUGGGGUCCAGUAACACGCUAACUUUGUGGAUCAGUGGAAAUACUGCGAAAGAGGUAGAGGCGCUUCCAGAAGACACAGUGAAGGCGAAAUGCGUAGAGCUGCUUCAAAAGUUUGUAGGGGAUACCUUGAAGAUCACUGUGCCCCAGCCCAAUGCUAUACUACGUACAACCUGGUACUCGAACCCGCACACCCGCGGCAGCUAUACCUUCGACAACACCCUCACUCCGGACUACCCAGACGCUCGAGAUUGGCUCGCGAGCCCUAUUCUGGACUCUGCAGAGACCCCGCGAAUCCUGUUCGCGGGAGAAGCCACGAAUCGGCGCCAUUUUGGAACGGUGCAUGGCGCCAGUGAGACUGGGUACAGAGAGGCUAAGCGGUUAUUGCCUGAUAUUGCGAAAUAAUCACUGUCUCUUAAAUUCCCUUUAAAUUCAUAACGAAAAGCUAUUGUGAAAUGUUUUAGGUUAUCUUUUAUAUACUCGAACAUACCUAAUAUUUUAGAGAAAGGCUUUCAGCAACAUUUUUUUUAAUUUGCCGCUAUUUCUCCUUUCCCCUAAAGUGUCAUUGGGUCAGAGUAUAAUAAUAUUUUUGUUGUCUAUGUUUUAAUAAAUAAAUAUUUUUAACUUAA